AUUGCAUAUGGUUUUUGGUUGUCAAAUUCCGCCACUGUGUCUGCCUACUACUUACUACUCGAUCACGCGCCAGCCUGAUCGAGAGCGGCCGCUGCACCUCAAGCACCCAGGCCCCCCAUGGAUAGCGGAUGAAGCUGCCGUCGUGGCUCACCGCCGUGCCGCCGGACCCUCGCGUCUAUGGCCACCUCAUUCAGCUUUGCGCGGAUUCCGGCCAUCUCGCCGCCGGUCAGCAGCUCCACGCCCGCCUCGUUGCCCUGUCCGUGAUUCCCUCCAACUUCCUAGCCUCCAAACUCAUCUCCCUCUACUCCAGGACCGCACGCCUGCACGACGCCCGCAGGGUGUUCGACGCCAUCCCCCAGCCCAACCUCUUCGCCUGGAACGCCAUCCUCAUCGCGCUUUCCCUCCACUCGCCCGAACCCUCUGCGGCUCUUCGCCUUUUUGCUGGCUCCGGCGUAUCCCCCGACGAGGUCACGGUCUCCGCGCUCCUCAAGUCCCUCGCCGCAUCAGGGACGGGGCUAUCUCCGCUCGUCACCGGGGAGAUCCACGCCCUCGCGUUCCUGCGAGGAUUUGGCACAGACCUUUUCGUCUCCAAUGGACUCGUCACCGCGUACGCGAACACCGGGGACAUACGCUCUGCUCGCGCUGUGUUCGAUGAAAUGCCACGCAGGGACGUCGUGUCCUGGAACUCGCUUAUAUCGGCUUGCACCCGUGUAGGGUGCUACCGAGAAUGCCUGGAAUUAUUCAGUGGAUUAGUGCGGGCUCGUGCCAUUGGUGGUGUUCAGCCAAACAAUGUCACUGUGACAAGCGUGCUGCAUUCUUGUGCCCAGCUCAAGGCUGUUGAUUUUGGGGUUAAUGUGCUCCGGGUUGCCGCUGAGAGCGGUCUUGAUAUGGACAUCGCGACGUGGAACUCAGUGGUCGGGUUUUACGCAAAAUGUGGGCGGUUGCAGCAUGCACGGGAGUUGCUUGAAAGGAUGCCUAAGAAAGAUACAGUCAGUUACAGCGCCAUGAUUACUGGUUACAUGAACAAUGGGCAUGUCGAGGAGGGAAUGAGUCUUUUCCGGCAAGCGGAUGCUAAAGGCAUCAACACGUGGAAUGCAUUGAUUUCUGGAUUGAUUCAAAAUGGACGCCAGUCUGAUGUUCUUGGAUUACUGCAUGAAAUGAUCGGUGCUAGUCUGCUGCCCAAUGCAGCUACGCUUUCAAUUAUCAUCCCUUCAGUUCCGUUGUUCUCAACUCUACUUGGAGCAAAGCAAGCUCAUGGUUAUGUGAUCAGAAAUGAUUAUGACCAGAGUAACAAUGUUGUGAGUGCAUUGAUCGAUGCUUACUCAAAGGCUGGAUUUCUUGAUAUGGCCAAGAAGGUGUUUGAAUGGGAUGAGAAUAGAAGCACAAUUGUCUGGACAUCGAUCAUAGCGGCAGUUGCAGCUCAUGGAGAUGUUGCGGCAGCAUUGGGCCUGUUCAAUCAGAUGGUCCGUGCUGGCACUUGUCCGGAUACUGUAACUUUCACGGUUGUGCUCACUGCAUGUGCUCAUGUGGGUAAGGUAGCUGAGGCUCGUGAAGUUUUUGACUCCAUGCAAACUGUGUUUGGUAUCAGUCCAGUGAUGGAGCAGUAUGCUUGCAUAGCUUCUGUGCUUAGCCGUGCUGGUAUGCUUACGGAUGCCCUUGAGCUUGUAAACAAGAUGCCUUUUGAGCCAAAUGCAAAGGUCUGGGGUGCAUUACUUAAUGGAGCAGCAGCAGUUGGUGAUGUUCAGCUUGGUCGGUUUGCCUUCGAUCGACUAUUUAUGAUUGAGCCUAAGAACACUGGUAACUACAUUGUGAUGGCUAAUCUGUACUCAAAUGCUGGCAAAUGGGAAGAUGCUGAAAUCAUAAGGAGCAUGCUCUGGGGAGUUGGAUUGGAGAAGGUUCCUGGGUGUAGUUGGACUUGAGGGUAUCAAUAGUCUGCAAGGUUUUCUUGCUGCGGAUACAUUGGUAACAAAGCGGGCAACAGAAACUUAAUUUAGAGUCGGCAGAUUGAUUGGGUCGAAUUAUUGAAAAGAUCCUGGCAUCAACCUAACUGUUAUAUGAAGACAAAUUAUAUUGAUGACAUUCCAAUGGAUCUAAUAGUUGAGAUGUGAUUAUCAAGCCUGAUAGCAUACUGGCCUAUGGACCACAGUAUUCAGCACCUGAUUGUGUGCUUGAUCAUAUUGAUUUGAUUGAACAACAAAUUCUGGGACGAGAAAUUAGUAUGAGAAUAGGAACCACAACCAAUGAGAGCAUUGCUUCCAUGAUAUUCUUAUCUGAACCUUUUGUACUAUAGCUGACCUUACUCUUGUUAUCUUUAUUUACUUUUUCAAUGAUACUGGUUACCAAAGCAUGAUAUUAUUUCGUGAUCAUAUUUAUUUUUUUGGAAGCAAGAGCAGUCUAAUUUGAGGUUUCAGGA